GCAGCAUCGCCACAACACCACCAAACCACUGCACACCCAUCAUCCCCAUUCUUCUCCAAACGAGACAGCGAGGAACCAGAAAUAAUUGCACGGAAUCGUCAACCCAAGAUGGCAGUGGCUUUGUUUGGGUUUGGGCCAGUGGCUGCUGCGCAGACGCUGGUGCUGGCGCUGGUGCUGGCCACGCUUACGGUGGGCACACACCCCACGAGUGCGGAAGGGUCCGGCAGCACGCUGAUCGUGGACAAAGCACAUGUGGGCGAGCCACUCGAUGCCAUUGGGGGCCUCUCUGGUGGUGGUGCAACCAGCCGUCUCCUGAUUGACUACAAGGAGCCCCAGCGCUCACAAAUCCUCGACUACCUGUUCAAGCCAAACUUUGGCGCAAGCCUGCAUCUGCUCAAGGUGGAGAUCGGGGGCGACUCCCAGUCCACAGAUGGCACGGAGCCUUCGCACAUGCACUCCAAGGACGACCUUGAUUACAAGCGUGGCUACGAAUGGUGGCUCAUGACGGAAGCAAAGAAGCGCAACCCGAACAUCAAGUUGUAUGGGUUGGCAUGGGCAUACCCCGGCUGGGUUGGCAACGGUACUUCCUCGCCUUUCUCCUACCCAAACCUCACCGCGGACUACAUUUCCAAGUGGCUGCAAGGGGCGAAGAGCGUGUACGGGCUCGACGUGGACUACAUCGGCAUCUGGAACGAGCGGUCCUCCGACGCGACAUAUGUGAAGACACUGCGCCGCACCCUCGACGACGCAGGCUUCAAGCACACGCAGAUUGUGGCCAAGGACGGCGGUGCAGACAUUUGCAACACGCUUGCCAAGGACAAGUCGUAUGCGGAUGCGGUGUCUGUGAUUGGCCUGCACUACCCGUCAGACUUUAGCGACUACUCGCAGUGCUACGCCCUCAACAAGCCGCUGUGGGCGUCUGAGGAGUCCUCGUCAUAUGACGACCUCAACGGCGCAGCGUGCUGGGCGCGCGUCAUCACGUCGCACUGGGCCCUCUCCCGCAUGACAGCGUCCAUCAUGUGGAACCUGGUUGGCGCGUACUACCACGGCACCAACUGGUACGCCAGCUCCAUGAUGACUGCCGUGCAGCCGUGGUCUGGCCACUACUGGGUCAGCCCCGUUGUCUGGGCAACAGCACACGUCACCCAGUUCACCCGGCCCGGCUGGCUCUACCUCAACGACUCGUAUGGCUCGGGCUCCUUGCCAAACGGCGGAUACUACGCGACGCUUGUUGAUCCGAACAGCAGCGACUUCACCAUCACGGUUGUGAAGAUCGACCACGAUCACGCGCCUUGCACGCGUCCAGCGCUGCCGCCGUUUGACGUGCACGCCGAGACAGUUACCUUCAAGCUGGCUCCGAGCAUGGGCGGUAGUAGCGUGCCUGCGCUGGCAGUGUGGUACUCCAACUUCCAGAACGAGACGCAGGGCAUCUUCAAGCGCCUCAGCGACGUGCACGUGGGCACUGAUGGCACGUUCAGCGUGCACGUGCCUGUUGGCGCCAUGUACACCAUAUCGACCAUUCGCGAUGGCCCGCAGAAGGGAAGCCACGGGCCGCCGCCACCGUCUGCCCCCUCGUUCCCGCUGCCGUACGCAGACGCCUUCGACGAGGUGGCCGAGUCGCAGGAAGGGAAGUACCUUGCAGACCAGAUUGGCGCCUUUGAAGUGCACGCGGACGCGCAGGGCAACAAGGUGCUGCGGCAGAUGGUGCCUGAGCUGCCGAUUGGGUGGAGUGACCACGGCUCCAACGGGCCCGUCACCGUGAUUGGCAUGCGCGAGUGGCAGGAUGUGUUUGUGCAGGUGAAGGUGCGCCUCUCCAGCAACAUCACUGCGCACGACCCGGCCGCGUGCGUUGCCGCACGCGUCGACCAGAUGUGGGACCGCGGUAUUGUCUUCUGCGUGUACGCGAGUGGCAAUUACACCCUCUCCAUUGGCGGCCCCAAGCAGAGCAACGGGCAGCCAGCAGAUGUGGUGUCGCAGGGCCAGCUGCCAACCCCCAUCCACCGCGACCACUGGCACACCAUCUCCAUCACCUGCGUCAACAGCUCUGCCUCGGGCAUGUUUGACUCCGGCUUUGCCUUCCGCGAUGUGGCUGUGCCGGCCCUGGACACCGGGUUUGCUGCCAUUGGCACCAACGGCUGGUUUGCGGUCGAGUAUGAUGCGCUCUCCAUCUCGGAGGCCGGCCACUGGGUGCCGCCCGCACCCAAGUGCGCCAACCCAAAGCGUGGCGACAAGCUCGGGGCGCGCCCGUGUGCCACCAACGGCUUCAACACGACGGACCAGCUGUUCACGCUGCGCGCGGACUGGACGCUCGUGCACGACCCAACGGGGCUGUGCGCACAGGCGGCCGGCACAGGCGGCGGUGCUGCUGUGGCGCUUGCGGCGUGCGACCCAAGCAACCCCAUGCAGCAGUUCAAGAACGACUACACGCGCGUGCGCAACACGGAGAUGCCAGUCUUCUUGGACGGCCAGAACCCGGUGAGCGCCGCCCUCACGGGAACGCUUGCGGGCGGCGUGUCUGUUGGCGGAAACGGUGACUGGGCAACGUGGUCGUACUUCCCAAACACGCACCAGCUCCGCAACCAGUACACCGCCAAGACGAACCUCGGCUUCCCCAUGUGCCUCACCGUCAUGUGCUGAUGUGUCUCGUGUUCGUGUUCAUGGCGUUGUGUUCGUGUUUGUGUGUGUGUGUGUGUGUGUGUGUGUGUGUGUGUGUGUGUGCGUGCGUGCGUGCGUGUGUGUGUGUGUGUGUGAGUAUGCGCGCAUGCAUGAGAGAGAGAGUGUGUGUGUGUGUGUGUGUUGUGCAUCGCGGCCCUCAUUGGCUUAUUGCGUUUCUUGCUUUCGCCUGCUUUCACACGAAUUCAGUCAUGAUAUCGUUCA